AUGCUUUCCGACUUGCAGAAGAUCCAGGCGCAUAUGCAUAUCUUCUUCACAAAAUUUGGUUCGAACCAACUCGACCCAGAGGCAGGACAGACAAGACCAGAAAAUAUCCUGAUUAUGAAUGAUCCCGAUUUCGUCCCAGAUAUGCGUCUUCCGCAGUUCGAUCUCGACGCUUUGGUAGCAAAUAGCCAAGCAACCAAUAAGACAUCAUCUCAGAUGUCCCCCUUCGACAAUACCCUUUUAUCAGGCUCGGGUAGUCAGGGUGCGGGUUUCAACAUACAUUUUGACCUACGCCAUUCAGAUUCCCCCGAUCCGCAAGGAUCCCCUUUCGGUCUUCAAGGGCUCUCAUCUUCGCAGAAACCCGAAGCAGCUCGAUUCGUUAUCGACCAAGAGGAUGAAUUCGCAGGAGCAGGUGACUGGGGAAUGGAGAUAGACGAGGACGGAAACAUCAUUGAGCUGAACGAACCAGCCAUAGUCCAAGACGAGAUGGAGCUACCCCCUCUCCCACCAAUGGAAGAUGAGAGCCAGGAAUAUGUGAAUCGCGAGCAACAGGAUCAACAAAAUGUUGAUGGCGAAGGAGAUAUCGUCAUGAUGAAAGCGGCGCAACCAGAAGUAGGAAACCCCCUAACGGAGCAACCGCAAGACGAACAUAAUGCCUUCCUAGAUGAUGGUCCCCAGCAAGCACCUUCCCGACGAAAGAAGAAAGCUCAUAUGCCGGUUGUCGACGAAGAAACGCAACUCUCAAGAACUACCAUAAGAGAGUGGCAAAGAGAAUACUUGGAUAACUGUGGCACUAGGAAGGGUCGACCUGGAGCAGCGCAGGCAAAGGCGAAUGCUAUGCUACUUACAUUCGGCCUUGGUUUAGGAAAUAUCGGGCAGAACUUGGCUGUUCCUGGAAUAGUCCAUCCGCUAGCCCUUGACUUUUCGGGAGAUUCCCUAUUUACUGCCCUUACUGGACUUGAGAUACCAGAGCAGCGCCGCGGUAGACGUAGACGCCGAUCUGCAACCGAACUCAUUAAGGAUGACGAGCAAGACGAGCGCCGAGUCAAGCCGCGACUUGAUAGUGAAGCCGACCAGCAGGGCCGUGGUCUAGAAGAUGAUUAUGUUUUCGACCAAGACGCACAAAUAGUUCAUAGUCCCCCUGAAGUUGGCCGAGACGCCCAAGCGCCUAUGUCCGAUCAUCUUUCUUCCGCCUUGCGUCUGCCCUGGAACCGAGGCUCUUCUGCUGUGCCGGGCUCAUCUAUUCGCGGCUCUGCGAAAAAGGGCCGAAUCCCAUCCAGUCCCCUAGCAAAUCGCGGUAAUAUCCAGGACAUCAUACGCUUUAGUGACGGUCCGGCAUUCGGCGAUGACGGCUUCGAUAUAGGCGGUCUCCACUCGCAAGACGACUCCUUCGACGAGUUGCAACUAGUAGAGGACGAAGUAGAAGCAGACGAGCACAAGAAGGACGAGUGGCCGACUAUCGAUAUUGAAGGAGGGAAUUUCCUUUCGUUCAUAGACUCGGCGAUCCGCGAGAACGGCGAGCGUCUCCAGGACGAGGAUUUCGACGAAAACCGCAGAUGGGUCGCCUUCGACGACGUGUUCGUGCCCCGCGAGACACCGCGCGCGACAGCCGCGCAGGCUUUCUAUCACACACUCUGCCUAGCUACGAAGGGCAGAUUAGAAGUCCAGCAGGACGGCGAACCCAACGUACCCUUCGGCAGUAUCUGGGUGGGCGCCAAGCUAGCUGAUGCUGAGGCGUAA